AUGACGCAGGAUACCGCUGCUUCAGCCGGAGACAAGCGAUCGCGAGAUGAAACGGACACGCUGUCGCCGCCGAACGCAGACCUCGAGCUGAAGCGUCCGCGAUUCGAAGAUGCCAUCACCACCCUAGACGGCCACAGCCCCGGGAUUCGGCUUGGCAGCAUUGCUGCUGCCAUCUCGGGGGUCUUUGGCUACAACCGACCGGCCGCAGAUACCAACGGCGACGCUGUUACUGCUAGCACGAACGGCACAGCUCCCCCAUCCGCCGACGCCGCCGCCGCCUCUCCACAAACGCAGCCGCCAACUUCGGUCGCCGCAUCGCCUGCCAAACCUGCGCCGGUAGCUCCAAUGUCGACACAAACACAUGUCGAGCCCGCCCCUGCUCCUCCUCGGCCGCCCUCACCGCCCCCACGACCAGCCAUCAAGCUCAAGUAUCUGAAGGGAACGAAAUGGGACACCACAGGAAAGACAUCGCCUGCGAAGAAGCCGGCCGCAAAGCCCAGAGGCAGGAAGAAGGCUGCUGCGCCUGCGUCUGUGCCGGUACCCAGGCCCCUGGCGACUCCUCUCCGAAGUCUCGAAAACAGCGGUGACGUGCCCCGGCCUGCACCAGCCGUGGCCGCCGAGGAUGCCUCGCUGGCCCCCACGCUUGCCGACUCGCCGACAAAGAGCCGACUCUUCUCCCCCUCCGUGGCAAAUGCGCCCAAGGGCAUCCUCACUCCUACGAAGAAGAGAGGCCCGCGGCCCAGCAAAAACGUCACGUUUGAAGGCAACGGCCUGGGCGGCGGCUUGUUUGACCACAUCCCCCGAAGCGCCAGCGCAAAGAAACCGGGAAGGCCGAAAAAGAAGCUCGAACAGCAGCCCGUUGACGACAUCACCUGCGGCAUUUGCGCAAAGCCUCACUCAAAGCCCCCGAACGAAAUCAUACUAUGCGACAACUGCGACUUUGCGGUGCACCAGGAGUGCUACGGAAUACCGGAGAUUCCCGAGGGUGAUUGGCUUUGCAAGUCGUGCACACAGGAGGAUGUACUGCAAACCACCAAGGCUGAUACCGGGCUUGCUGUUGCGCCGGCUCCUAGAAAGCCCGAUGUUCCUGAGAUCCCCAAUCUGGAUCGCCAUCUGAGCGCCAUGCAGCGGCUACUGCUCGAUCGCUGCGCCGGCCGCCGCCGAAUACGCAUGUUUGGCCAAGACGAGGCCAGCGACAAGGUGAAGCAGCUCAUUGAGCAGACGGUGCUGGCAGGAGAAGGGAAUUCCAUGCUGUUGAUAGGGCCAAGAGGAAGCGGCAAGACGACUCUUGUCGAAAAUACUAUAUCGGAGCUAUCACAAGAAUAUCGGCAGGACUUUCACGUGGUUCGCCUGAGUGGCUUCAUCCACACAGACGACAAAAUCGCCCUGAGAGAAAUUUGGCGUCAACUGGGCAAGGAAAUGCAAGUCGAAGACGACCUUCUCAACAGAUCAAACUAUGCUGAUACAAUGGCGUCAUUACUUGCGCUGCUGUCCCACCCGUCGGAAAUAUUGGGACGAGAUGAAGGUGUCACCUCGCAAGCCGUGGUGUUUGUCAUUGACGAAUUUGACAUGUUUGCCGCUCACCCCCGACAGACACUUUUAUAUAACCUCUUCGACAUUGCGCAGUCUCGAAAAGCGCCAAUCGCCGUUCUAGGAUGCACAACGCGCAUGGACGUGGUCGAGAUGCUAGAGAAGCGUGUCAAGAGUCGAUUCAGCCACCGAUACGUGUAUCUGUCCCUUGCCAAGGCACUGCCGGCGUACUGGCAAAUCUGCAGGCAGGGAUUGAUGCUCGGCGAAGCUGAUGGGGAGAAAGAAGGUCUCGAUGUCGGGCUCGAGGGCUACGCAGAUUUUCAAGAGUACUGGACUCGCAAGAUCGACGAACUCUACAAGCAUCGCCAAUUCCAGGAUCUACUGCAGUAUCACUUCUACACUACCAAGUCAGCCUCGGCAUUCUUCUCCGAGUGGAUGCUCCCGCUGUCGUAUCUAUCGCCCAACGACCUGACCCUGCGCGUACCCGCCGCCGAGGCCGAGCUGACCUCGCUGGCACCCCCCGACUCCCGAAUGCAGCUGCUGAACAGCCUGUCCGAGCUGGACCUGAGUCUGCUGAUCGCCGCGGCGAGGCUGGACAUCGUGGCGCACACGGACACGGUCAACUUCGCCAUGGCGUACGACGAGUACAGCGCGCUCGUCGGCAAGCAGCGCGUGCAGUCAGCCGCGUCGGGGCUCGUCGCUGUCGGAGGCAACGUCCGCGUAUGGGGCCGCGGCGUCGCGAGCACCGCCUGGGAGCGGCUGGUCGGGCUGAGCCUGCUCGUCCCGUCCGGCCUUGGGGGCGGCAGGACGUUGGGUAGUGGGGGGCUGGACGGACGGAUGUGGAAGGUGGACGUGUCACUGGAAGAGAUUCCAUCAGGAGUCAAGCUCAGCGCUGUCAUGGCAAAAUGGUGUCGCGAGAUCUAG